AGACACGGUGGCAAUGUUGUAAUUACGUUGAAAUUUGUUUUAAUUGGAUUUCACUACUGAUUUGGUCUUCAACCGUAGUGGAAUCCCUUAACAUAUGUUUCGCGAAGCUUAGUGUUCAUUUGUUCAUUCAUUCAUUCCCAAUCCCUAACAUAUGUUUCGCGAAGAGCGAAGAACGAAGAACGAAAUUCUUCCUCGUCAAUUCCCAAUCACCAAUCAUCAUCUUCUCCAGAACGAAACAAGGUCAUCAAUCAUUCUAAGUUUCAUCUUCAUCACACUCUUCAUUUCUUACUUCACAAAACACCGAUUUCAAUUUUCAAUCUCGCAAUGGAUACUUCCCCAAAAUCGAAGAAAGGAGCUGGAGGAAGGAAAGGCGGAGGUCCAAGGAAGAAGUCAGUCACCAGAUCCACCAGAUCCGGUCUUCAAUUCCCCGUCGGAAGAAUCGGCCGUUACUUGAAGAAAGGUAGAUACGCUCAGCGUGUUGGUACCGGUGCUCCGGUUUACUUAGCCGCUGUUCUUGAAUAUCUUGCUGCUGAGGUGCUUGAAUUGGCUGGGAAUGCUGCACGUGAUAACAAGAAGAAUAGGAUAAUCCCUAGACAUGUGUUGUUGGCUGUGAGGAAUGAUGAAGAACUUGGAAAAUUGCUUGCUGGUGUUACAAUUGCUCAUGGUGGUGUUCUUCCAAAUAUUAACCCAAUUCUUUUGCCUAAGAAGACUGAUAGAUCUACUGCUGCUAGUAAGGAACCAAAGUUUUUAUCUUUUAAUCAUUUUUUGUUUAUAAAGUUUUUGUCUUUGCGUUGUUUUGAACAUGGAGUUGAAGCUAGAUUGGAGGUUUGGUUGAUAAAACUGCUUUCACUGGGAAUUAAUGUUGCAGCAGGCGUAUAUCAGUGGGAUGUUGAAUCCAAGUUACUUAAAGCAAGAAUGAAAAUGCAACAGAAGUAUUUGGAUCAGUUUUACAUGUUGUAUGAUGACUUUAACAUUACUAAGCUUCCACUUCUUCCACAAGAGGUCAGUUUUCAUGUUCUUGAUAUUCAGAGUCCAUGUUAUCAACUAUGUUGUUAAUUGAGCGCGCUAUAGCAGCAUAGUGUGGUCAGUUUUCUUAUCAAUUUUGUAAUUUUGAAACCCAUGUGACAAUUGUUUUGGAUACACAUGGUCAACUAGUAUCUCUUUACAAGCCUGGUGGGCCAGUUCUUGCCUAUACUUCUGCUAUUCAGGACUGUGUUGCCUUGACCAGGCAAAGAGUAAAGGAACUAAAAAGCUUCUUAGACGAAGCAAAUUCUGCUAUGGAGGUUGAGUAGAAUUAUAAAUUAAUCUUAACAUUUUUGAGUAAAGGAACUACAGGUGGUCCAAAGUGGUUGCACAAACAAAGGCCUCGUACGGACGAAAGCUAUCUUGGAGGUUCCGCUAAUAGAUACGGCCCGAGAGGACAAACUGAUUUGGGUAGACGAUAUGCAUCUACACAGUCAAGUCUGGAUAUAAAUUCAUAUUACAGAGUCUGGCUCAAAGUGACAUUCUACAAGUGGAAGGCGAAUGGAAUGCUAUUUGGCGCGCUGCUGCACCGCACAAAAUGCGCCAUCUGUUAUGGCGAUUGUGCAGAGGUAGUGUGCCCACAAGGAUUCGCUUAUUACAGCGUCAUGUAAACUGUCCGUCUAUCUGUCCAGUUUGCGAUCAAGAGGAGGAGGACGAUGUGCAUGCUUUUUUUACUUGUUCGGUAACAAAAGAAAGCUGGCGAGUAGCAGGUUUAAAUGAUAUAUGUUCCUAUGGCGAUACGCGGGGUCUGAACGCUGCUUAAAUGUCUUUGCAAUAUGUAAGGCUCAGGACAGUGCAACUGUUGGUCGUGUAGCAGCACUAUUGUGGUGUAUUUGGCAUAACCGCAACGAUAUAGUGUGGAACAACGUUCUGCAGACCUCCAGCCAAAUCGGGAAGUGGUCUUGUAACCUAUACAAUAUUGCAUAAUAUAGCCUUUCAUGUUGAUUGUUUUCUAAAAAUUAUGUGGUUGCAGAUGUACUACUUUGUCUACUCAGAGAAACCUUGUUCGUCGUUCAUUGCGCUGCUUCGUCGGUCCACCGUUCACCGAUUCUUGAAGUUGUUUGCCAUAUUCCUUCGUUUCUGUGUUGAUUCGGUAUUCGGUAUCUUUCAGUUUAUCUCUCAACUCCCUUGUUUUUCUUUUCUUCUGUUUAUCUUACAAUUUUGAAGAUUUAUGCUUCAUGAGAGAAUUUUCUUUAAAUGCUAAUUGUAUUGCUGUGACAUUGUGAUACCAUAUAUGCUUAGCCCGCUAUCUCUCAUUGUUAUUCCAUUAUUUACAAACUUCUACCUGUUAUACUUCCCAUUACUAUAGCUAGAAUUCCAGCUAUAUGUUUGAUAAUUUUGUUUUUGUAUGCAAUGCAGUUUGCUUUAACUCAUCUAUCACACA